UAGGCAAGUUCGUUAAGAAAAAAAUCGUAUUUACAAUGACGGUUUACCAAAAGACAAAAGGCCUACUGCGGGGACGGGGGCUGGGAUUAAAAAUAAAAAGAUGGGACAAAACACACAUCACGACCAGAGAGACAACACGACACUACAUAAUGAGACCGAAUACAACAUAGCAUGGCAGCAGCACAUGGUACAAACAUUAUCGAGCAAGGGCAAGAAGGUAGAGACUGUCAAUCACACUCCUCAGAGAAGCCAUGAACGGACCCAAUUUCUAUAUUCUGCUUCUUGCUGGAGUCUUAGUCAACGGGCGAGAACUCGGAUGGGAAAACCGAUAUGACCAGCCCUUACAUUUUAACUGCCCUUCAAGAAAAUCCAUCUCCCACAUUAAUAGUCAGCAUGUCAACUACUAUGAAGACCGUGUGUGGGACUUUGAGUGCAAAGACACAUUUGUCUCAGAGCCUGAGUGCCACUGGUCUCCUUAUGUAAAUGACUUUGAUCAAGAGUUCAGCUUCAAAUGCCCCAAUAACUAUGUCCUCACUGGGGUGAACAGCUAUCAUUCCAACUACCAUGAGGACAGAAGGUGGAAGUUCUACUGCUGUCGAGUCAACAGCUACUGUAACCAGAACUGUCAGUGGACCUCCUACGUCAACUACUUUGAUGAGGUCAUCUCUUGGCAAGUCCCAGGCCUGAACUACCUAGUUGGGGCCGGAAGCUACCAUUCAAAUUAUUAUGAAGACCGUCGUUGGAGAUACCAGUACUGCACACGGAAGUCAAACUGCUGAUAUUACAGCUGAUUAUUGCAUUCUUGACCCAAAUGAUGAGUAAAGAUUGCCUACUACCUUC